AGUUAAUGAGAUAUUUCCUUUCUGAUGAGAAAAGUACUUUCACUUUAAAAAAUGCAACAUAGACCAAAACCAAAACACAAGUUGAAUUUUUCUAACUGCAACACUCGUCAAACUAGUUGCACUCUUGAGUUAAUGAGAAAUUUUGUUACAAUGUCUCUAUCAUGUUUUAGAAAUUAUAUUGCGGAAGAAUUUUAUACUGAUGUCAGUCUAUAAAUAGUUGUGUCACUUUGCACUCCAUACAUAGCUAAGAGUGCAAAAAAAGAAAAAACAAAAAAAAAAAUCAAACGAUUGUUGUUAUGGUGUUACUUGAUAUCUCCAUCAUUCGCAUGGUUUCAAAACUAGUACUAGUUUUGUUGUUGUUUCAUCAUGUGGUUAUUGCUACCUCUUCCUACUCUUCGCAGAAGCAGUAUCCAUCUUGCCCUGAUGGGGAGAAGUCCGCCCUGCUGCAAUUCAAAGACAGCUUUACUAUUGACAAAUCUGCUUCUAGAUCUACCGAUGCUUAUCCAAAGGUUUCAUCAUGGAAACCAGCUGAAGGAGGAAAUAGCACGUGCUGCUCAUGGGAAGGUGUCGAGUGUGAUGAGAAGACGGGUCAUGUGAUUGGCCUAGAUCUUGGUAGCAGCUGUCUCCACGGCUCUAUCAACAGCAAUAGCAGCCUCUUCCGCCUUGUUCAUCUUCAAAGAUUAUUUGUCAAAAGAUGAGUAUCGUCCAUUUUUGAAACUUGAAGCAUCAGAUCUUGGAAGCCUAGUUCAAAACUUAACUAGUCUUGAAGUACUUUCUCUCAGUUUCGUAAACAUAUCGUCGGCAAUUCCUCAUUCAGUGGCUAAUUUAUCAUCAUUGACAGCCCUCGACCUCACAGGCUGUCACCUGUUUGGUGAAUUUCCCGUGAGAAUUUUCCAACUACCAAACCUAGAAUUUCUUAGUGUAUACAACCAAGAAUUGACUGGAUAUUUUCCUGAAUUUAAUCAAAGCAGUCCUCUCAUCUUACUGAAAGUCGGCUUUACUGGCUUUUUUGGAACAAUACCCUCUUCAAUUCAAAACCUUCAUUC